AUGCUGCAUUAUGCAGGUUUCACAAAAAGAUUAGGAGAUGUUGAUCAUGGAGACACAGUUAUGGAUUAUAUGAAACAAGAACGUGAACGUGGAAUCACAAUUACAUCUGCAGCAAUUACAUUUGGUUGGAAGGAUCAUCAAAUAAAUUUAAUAGAUACACCAGGUCAUGUUGAUUUUACUAUUGAAGUUGAACGUAGUGUUAGAAUUCUUGAUGGGGCUGUUACAAUUUUGGAUGCUGUUUCAGGUGUAGAAGCACAAACUCAAACUGUUUGGAAUCAAGCUGAUAAAUAUGAAAUUCCAAGAAUUGCUUUUAUUAAUAAAAUGGAUCGAAUUGGAGCCGAAUUUGGAAAAACUAUUAGAGAAAUACAUUAUAAAUUAGGUGUAAUACCUCUUGUUUGUCAAAUUCCUAUAAUGAAAAAAGAUUCUAAAGGUGAUAUCAUAUUUUCUGAAAUUAUAGAUAUACUUGAUAUGAAAGUAUUAGAUUGGAAUAAAGAUCCUAAAGGUUCGAUAGUAAAUAAAACAAUUUUAAAUAAACAAAAUCCAUUAUUUGAAGAAGCAGUUAAAGGAAGAACACAUUUAAUUGAAGUUUUAUCGGAGAUGGAUGAUCAAUUAUUAGAAAUAUUUUUAGAAAAUGAAGAUCCUAUGAAAGUAUCUGUUAAAGAUAUAAAAGAUGCAUUACGUAGAAUUACUUUAAAUGGAAAAGCCGUACCAAUAUUUUGUGGAGCUUCUUUUAGAAAUAUUGGCGUACAACCCUUAAUGGAUGCUAUAAAUGAUUAUUUACCUUCCCCAUUAGAUCGACCAAUACCUUUAGCCACUUUAUCGAAUAAUAAAAUGAUUGAGAUUUCAUUAAAAGAAAAUGAUAAACUUUGUGCACUUGCCUUUAAAGUUAUUCAUGAUCCUAAAAGAGGUUUUAUGGUUUUUGUUCGAGUAUAUUCCGGUAAAAUUAAUAAUCGAAUGACAUUAUUUAAUACAAAUACUCAUCAAAAAGAAAGAGUAAAUAAACUAUUGCAAAUGUAUGCUGAUGAUGUAGAAGAAAUACCAUCAAUUAAAGCUGGUAAUAUUGGAGUAAUAAUAGGACUUAAAGAAACAAGAACAGGAGAUACACUUAUUCAAGUGAAUGAUACGCGACAUGAUCUUCGAUUACAAAAUAUUGAUAUUCCAGCUCCAGUAUUUUUUUGUGCUGUUGAACCGGCUUCAACUUCAGAGGAAAAACCAUUAGAAGAUGCUCUUAAAAAUAUAUUAAGAGAGGAUCCUUCCUUUCAUGUUCAUGUGGAUUCGGAUUCCGGUCAAACUUUAAUUAGUGGUAUGGGAGAAUUACAUUUAGAAAUUAUUAAAGAUAGAUUAUUAACUGAUUUUAAGAUUAAUGCAGUAAUGGGAAAAAUGAGAAUAUCUUAUAGAGAGACUAUUACAAAACAAUCAGAAUGUACUUUUUUAUAUGAUCGUGAAUUAAUGGGAAAAAAACAAAAGACACAAGUUAGUUUAAUAAUUACACCACUUUCUGAGAAUGAUAAAGGAAUAUUAGAAGAAGGUGGUAAUAGAAUUGAAUUAGAUAUUACAAAUAAUUUAUUAAUGGAUACAACACAACAAAAUCAAAAUUUUUUAGUGACAAAAUUAAAUAAAGAAGAUAUAGAAAAAGCAUUAUAUUCCGGAAUUUUAUCAGCACUUAACAAAGGACCAAUAUUAGGAUAUAUGAUUACAGGUCUUCAUAUUAAAGUUCAUUCUCUUAAAUUAUUUGGAUUGGAAUCAACAAAGACAUCAAUUAGUACAUGUGUUGCUCAAGCAUUUGAUAAAGCAAUGAAAAAUGGAAUACCAGCUUUAUUAGAACCUUUAAUGGAUGUUGAAGUUGAAGUACCUGAAGAAUAUUUAGGUGAUGUACUUGCUGAUUUAACUGGGACAAGAAGAGGAAUUAUUUCUGGAUUAGAAGUUUCAAGACAAUCAAUAGAUUAUAAUGAUUCUAUAGAUAUUUAUAUUCCUUCAUCAGAUUUGAUUUAUACUUCUCAACAAGUAGUAAUAAUGAAACCAAGAAGGAUUAUAAAAGCUCAUGCACCUUUAUCUACUUUAUUAGGAUAUUCUUCUUCUUUAAGAUCUUUAACUGGUGGAACCGGAUCUUUUAGUAUGAGAGUGCAUUCUUUUGGAAUUAUGAGUGAAGAUAGAACAAAAGCUGUAAUUCAUGAAAUGCAAGGCGGUUAUUAA